GAGGGGUAACUGAGGACCCGAGCUUAUUGAUGACGUGGCACUCACGUGACAGAGAGUCGACGUGUGCAGAAGUCCUUACAGUCCAGGCCCCGUUUCUCCGAAGCAGCUCGCUUCUGCUGGAGAAGGAGAAAAGUGCCCCGGAUCCUUUCAGGAUUCUUGGUCUUUGGAGCGCGACAGAAAUUGAGGUGACGGAAGAGGAAGGAGAAUCUCCUGGAUCCCUGCAGGAUUAAUUUAUUCCAAAAGGAAAUAAUAAAAAAAAAUCAACAUGCAAAAGUCUUGUGAAGAAAAUGAAGGAAAACAGAACAUGCCAAAGGCAGAAGAAGACCAUCCUUCCGAAGAUGUACCACAGGAAACAGAAGGAAACCCUCAACCUUCCCAAGAAGGUGUAAGCCAGGAAGCAGAAGGAAACCUUAGAGGAGGGCCUGCACAACCUGGCCAAGGAUUUAAAGAGGACACACCUGUUAGGCAUUUGGACCCUGAAGAAAUGAUUAGAGGAGUAGAUGAGUUGGAAAGGCUUAGGGAAGAGAUCAGAAGAGUAAGAAAUAAGUUCGUGAUGAUGCAUUGGAAACAAAGACAUUCACGCAGCCGCCCUUAUCCUGUGUGUUUCAGGCCUUGAAUUCCUUUUUGUCUGAUAUUAAAAUCAAGCCCCUGCUUUCUUUAUGUUAGCAUUUUAUGAUGUAUCUUUGACUUUCAUUUUACUUUUAAUUACAUGGUGGUAUUGUUUUAGGUAGUUUCUUUGUUAUCAGCAUUUCAUUGGAUUUUGGAUUUUGACCUACUUUCCAGGUUUAUUUUUCAAUUGGAAAGUUUCACACAUAUGCAUGGAAAUAUGUUCAUUCUGUAUGUACAGUAAAAACGUAACAGGUUACAAAGCAGCAUAUUUAGUAUCAGCUCACAUAUGUAGGAUACAAUUCCAAAUUUUGUGUGUGUAUACAUACAUACAUAUCUCAAACUUAACUGUGCUUAUUCCUGUGUGGUGUGAAGUUUUGUUUUUGUUUUGCUUUUUGAUUAUAUGUAUUUUUUAAUGAAUACCUUUCACACACACAAAGAAUUGAAGAUUUUUUUAAUAAGUAAUAGUUGAUCAAAAAUAGUUUGCAACUAGCUUGUAAGGGCAAUGGGGGCACCUAAACUCUUGAUGAAACAACUAUAAAAAGGAAAUGUAAACCUCAAGUUACCUCUGGAUUUCUUUGCCAGAGGAAUAAAACUGGCAAUCAUUACAGAU